AUCGAUUCGAUAAAUAGAUAACUUCAGAAUUUGAAAAUAUAAAAAACAAGCACACAAGCGAAAGUUUUGGUUACAAAAAUUCACAUUUCGGCCACAUCAAUAAAAAAAUUACAACUUUCGGACCAAUCUAAAUUCAAACGUUAAAAAUGAUACUAUCAGCACACAAAUGCGGCUGUCCUGUGCACGAUCUGCCACAAAUUUCACAAACGUCGUUCUUCAAUCCAAGUUUUACUAGCCUAAAAACGUGUGAAUCCGAAACGUCGGUCUUAGCAGAAUGUGACGAAAACGAAAGCACCAGUGGCUGCGAUACCGAGUCCGAAAUCGAGGAGCCUAAGCCGACUCUAGUCUCAGAAAUCGCCAGCAAAGGUCUACCGUACAAGGAAAUCGAAGCGGUUUUUAACAACAGUCGAAUAGUUAUGCGGAUUCAAAAAGAACGUCCCAAAGAGGAAUUCGAUCCACCUUGCGAUUGCAUCGAUCUUAGUCGUACUAAAUCGCAAUCCGAUAAUAAGAUUCCGUGCAAAAACGACUACGUAUUUCAAAAAGCUAGUGAAGCUUGUCGAACGGUAUCAGUUUAUCCACAUCCAGAUCCUAAAAAUACCGAUGCACAUUCUUCCAAGUCAGAGAAACUAGAUAAGCGAGACGAUGCUAAAAAAGGCAGCAGUGUCAAGGAACAGAGCAAACUGCCUACAGUCAAUCCCGAAGAAAAUCCAAACAUUUUUGUUUUGAAAAUAAGAAGAAAAUGCGAAACCGGUGAUAAAAAGCAUAGUCUUGAUCUUGAGUUCAAAACUCCGAGGCCAUGGCGCAAGCGGAACUAGUGAAAAAAAAAAUGUAAAAAGGAACAAAAUUAAGCAACAAUAAAAAUUGUAAAAUAUUUAA